CAAGCAAAAAUGAAGUCCCACUCACUGGAACACAGGAGCCAGGAGCAACCUUUGUUACAGCCCAAACAGNNCAUACUGGGUAUUCUCCCAGUGGGGAGCCCACUGACAUCCAGCAUCUCCUCUAGUAUCACCUCCAGUCUGGCUGCAACACCACCAAGCCCUGCCGGCACCAGCAGCAUACCAGGCAUGAAUGCCAAUGCCCUUCCUUUCUACCCAACCAGUGACACCGUUGAGUCUGUCAUAGAGUCUGCCUUGGAUGACCUGGACCUGAAUGAAUUCGGAGUGGCUGCCCUGGAGAAGACAUUUGACAGCAGCACAGUGCCCCACACGAGUGGCAUCAUGAUAGGUGGGAGUUUGCUGCAAAGUUCUGCUCCGGUAAAUAUCCCCGGGUCCCUUGGAAGCUCUGCCUCCUUUCACUCUGCCUCUCCUUCUCCACCGGUCAGCCUCUCAUCGCAUUUCCUUCAUCAACCCCAGGGACACUUAAGCCAAUCAGAAAACACAUUCCUGGGGACGUCAGCUUCUCAUGGAUCAUUAGGUUUAAAUGGGAUGAACAGCAGCAUAUGGGAGCACUUUGCUUCAGGGAGUUUUUCGCCCAGUACCUCACCUGCAUUUCUGUCAGGUCCAGGUGCUGCGGAGCUGGCACGGCUACGACAAGAACUGGAUGAAGCCAACGGCACAAUAAAGCAGUGGGAAGAGUCUUGGAAACAAGCCAAACAGGCUUGUGAUGCUUGGAAAAAGGAGGCAGAGGAAGCAAAUGAUCGCGCCAACACAGCUAACAUGGAAUGUGAACUGGCCCGGGAGCAGAGGGAAGCCUUGGAGCUGCAAGUGAAGAAACUGCAGGAGGAGCUGGAGAGGAUCCACACGGGCCAGGACCCUCAGUUUCUGCGCUCCUUCUCUGACCUGGAAACGCUCUCGCUGUCUUCGCUUUAUGCCCUUCAGAAACAGCUGCGGGCAAACCUGGAGAAAGUUGAUAAGGCGGUAUUUCAGAUGCAGUCAGUGAAAUGCCUUAAGUGUCAGGAGGAGAACCGGGUGGUGUUACCGUGCCAACACGCAGUGCUGUGUGAAACGUGCGCCGAGGAGGGCGAGUGCCCCAUCUGCCAUCCCAACAGGCCCCACUCUCUCCAGUCGUGA